AUGUCUGCAAUAGUGGUGAUAAUGAUGGUGAUGAUUGUUGCAGCGGUCAUGGUAGAAGCUGAUUGGCAAAAUGAUUGGACUAACUGUUUUCAUGAAUGUUCAAAUUCAUGUGAUAAUAACAAUGGCAACUGUUUUGAACGCUGUAAAAUCCAAUGCGGUGGCCCAAACCCUUCCCAUAGUUCCUCUUUUGCUCCACGGUUAUAA